AUGACAAUGCUCAGCAACCCCGAGCCAUCGAGCCUCGUUGCUCAGGAGCCUCGUCCCCUGGAACCUCCCAUCAUCGACAUCCCGCCCGUCACUUCUGGAAGUCAGGGAGUUCCCAACUCGCCGGUGACUUCAAUUGCCGCGAGCGAGCAGACCAUCGUCGCCCAGGAGGAUGGAGCUGGCGAUGGGGCUAUUCCGGACGGCGGACUUCGGGCUUGGUUGGUUGUUUUGGGCGGAUUCUUGGAUUUCGCGAUUGCUUUUGGACUUGUCAACUCUUUUGCAUUCAAGGAACACUCAAUGGCUAACCAAAUCAAAUUCCAGCUCUUCAUCCUCUUCCUCGGAGGCGCCGUUGUCGGCCCCAUCUUUGACAAACACGGCUCCCGCGCACUCAUGUUCUCCGGCACCGCCGUCUGUCUGCUCUCCUUCAUCUGCUCCAGCUUUGCUACUCGGUACUACCAGUAUCUCUUGGCUCAAGGAAUCCUGCUCGGCAUCGGGAGCGCGCUGCUCUUCUACCCAGCUACCGGAGCCAUCUCAGAGUGGUUCAACCACAAACGAGGCCUCGCCCUCGGCAUCGCCCUCUCCGGCUCCUCCGUCGGCGGCAUCUUCUGGCCCAUCAUCAUCAACAAGCUCUUCGCCUCCGUCCCGGGCCCCUGGGUCCACCGCAUCAUCGCCCUCAUCUCCGUCCCCGUCCUGCUCAUCUCGUGCUUCCUCGUCCGCGAGCGCAAACUCACAGCUCCCGCCACCGCCAUCGUCAUGGUCGUCACGGACACCGAGGCCAACCUGAGCGGCAGCGUCACCACGAGCGCCACCAAGCCGGAGGCGGACAAGGACAAGCUCGAAGCCACCGCGGCCGAGACGAGCAAAGAGGGCUCCGGCAUUCUCGAGGCCGUCUGCGAGCGCCGCUUCGGAGCGCUCUGCCUCUCGCUCUUCUUCAUCUACGGCGGCAUGCUCGUCCCCUUCUACUACAUCCCGCUCUUCGCCAUCGAGCACGGCCUCGGCGCGACAAAGGCCAACAACCUGCUGGCAAUCGGAUACGCCGGCUCCGUCGUCGGCCGCGUUGGCAGUGGUUGGAUCGCCGACCGCUUCGGCCGCUUCAACGUCUUGUUCAUCAUGGGCGUCCUCACCGCCACAAUCACCUUCUCCUGGGGCAGCAUGACCUCCCCCGCCGGCAUGACCGCCUCCGCCCUCCUCUUCGGCCUCUUCUCCGGCGGCCUCGUGCCCCUCGGCUCCGCCUGCGUCGCCCAGACCACGCCCGACAUGGGCCGCAUCGGCCUGCGCAUCGGCCUCAUGAUGGCCUUUGCCUCCUUCGCCGCCCUCGCCGGAGGGCCCGCCAGCGGCGCCAUCAAGGACGCCACCGCCGCCUGGCUCGCCGUCUACUCCUUCUCGGCGGCGCUCACGCUGGCCGGCGCCGGAUUGCUGCUCGCCGUCCGCUUCUGGUGGAGGCCGUUUGGCGACAAGGCUGUCUUUUGA